AGAAAACGGUGCAUGUGUGGUAAAGAGGCACAUACUUAGGUUGCUGUAGGAGAUAAGAUUGUAGUGUUGUUAGAGCGAACACCUGCAGUGAACAAACAAUGGCCUCUGCAUCAGCAUCUUUGCUUAAGUCUUCACUUGUUCUUGACAAGUCUGAGUGGGUUAAGGGCCAAACCCUUCGCCAACCUUCUGCAUCUGUUGUAAGGUGCAACCCCACCACCCCUUCUGCCCUCACCAUUAGAGCUGGUUCCUAUGCUGAUGAGCUUGUUAAGACCGCGAAAGCAGUGGCUUCACCAGGGCGUGGUAUUUUGGCUAUGGAUGAGUCAAAUGCUACCUGUGGGAAGCGUUUGGCUUCAAUUGGGCUAGAGAACACCGAAGUUAACCGCCAGGCAUACCGUACCCUUCUUGUGACAGCUCCAGGGCUUGGUCAGUAUAUUUCUGGUGCUAUUCUCUUUGAGGAAACUCUCUACCAAUCCACAACUGAUGGAAGGAAGAUUGUUGAUGUACUUACUGAGCAGAAGAUUGUUCCUGGUAUUAAAGUUGACAAGGGUUUGGUGCCCCUGGCUGGUUCCAAUGACGAGUCAUGGUGCCAAGGUCUGGAUGGUCUUGCCUCUCGCUCAGCUGCAUACUACCAACAAGGUGCCCGUUUCGCCAAAUGGCGUACUGUUGUGAGCAUUCCCAACGGUCCCUCUGCUCUGGCAGUUAAGGAAGCAGCCUGGGGUUUGGCUCGCUAUGCUGCAAUUACUCAGGACAAUGGGUUGGUUCCAAUUGUGGAGCCAGAGAUCUUGCUUGAUGGAGAGCAUGGUAUUGAAAGGACUUUUGAAGUAGCCCUAAAGGUUUGGGCUGAGGUAUUCUUCUACCUUGCUGAGAACAAUGUCCUGUUUGAGGGUAUUCUCCUGAAGCCUAGCAUGGUUACUCCCGGAGCUGAGUCCAAGGAAAAGGCCAGUCCUCAGCAAGUUGCUGAUUACACCCUCAAGCUCCUUCACAGGAGAAUUCCCCCGGCUGUCCCUGGAAUCAUGUUUUUGUCCGGUGGACAAUCUGAAGUUGAAGCAACCCUGAACUUGAAUGCCAUGAACCAAUCUCCAAACCCAUGGCACGUGUCGUUCUCAUAUGCCAGAGCCCUUCAAAACACUUGCUUGAAGACAUGGGGAGGUCGCCCAGAGAAUGUUAAGGCAGCACAAGAAGCACUCCUUUUCCGUGCCAAGUCCAACUCAUUGGCUCAACUUGGAAAGUACACUGGUGAUGGUGAAUCUGAGGAAGCCAAGAAGGAGUUGUUCGUCAAAGGAUGUGUUGGUUUAUGUUGACAAAGAUCUAUUGGUGCUUCUUGCCGUCCUAAUGCUAUGGGAAGGAGAUAAGGAAGGGAUUGUGGGUUCCAAAACCUAGAAAAAAUUCAUUUUAAAGUAAAGUGAAGAAUGGAGCUUUUUUGUCUACAUGGAGUUAAAGAAGAAACAAUUUCUCUAAAUAAAGUUGUUUCAUAACAAAUGCUAAGGUGAUAUAAAAGUGUCGUAAAAUAUCAAAGUGAUACAAUGUAAAGUGUUAACCACAAAACUAUUGACACUAAGCUAAUUAUUAUUACGUAACAUAUAUGUUGACUCAUUGUAUUGCGACACAUGUGUGUUAGAUUUCUUUUUGACGACACUUGUGUGUCGGCACAUAGAAUAUUGACACUUACACUGUAUCGGUUACUU